GCUAGCUGCAUUAGUAAUAAUCCAAAAUAUUUACAGCAAAUAUAAAUUGUUAAUUAAUAAGAUCCCCCAAAAAGUUUUGUCAUUUCAUGAAUCUACUUAGCCAGUACAUGACCUUCCAAAGAGUUAAUCACGUGAAUGACCCACAGUUGAAAGUGCGAUAAAUAAUUAUGAAUGACACUGCCAAGUGCCACCUGCUCCAGUGGCUGCUUAUCGAAAUAAAGUUAUUGUUAUAGCAGAAGAAAAAAUGCGAUAAGUGCAGUGUCAGUGGAAAAAUGCAGCAAACUCGCAUGAUAAGCCGCGCGAGAGCCACUAUAAAGCUCUGGAUUCGACCCACGGAGGUCACAAACCACUCGAGAUGCAGACGCAGCAGAUACGGAAAGUUAGCAACAGUCGAGCUUUUACCAUGAUUCUAAUCCUGCUGCAAGUUCUUGGUAUCCUUGGCCAUGGAGUGGUGGCCCAGAAAAGCUCGCCCAUUGCCAAUUGGCACAUGGGUGAUCCGCACUACACAAGUGACCAGUACGCCAAGAUCCUGGGCGAAGCGGGUCUGGGCCAGGAUGCCGAUGACAAGGACCACAAGGGUCUGGGUCCCAUGCAGAUCCAGUACGUGGACUACCAGCCAAACUGCCAGCCAGGCGGAGUGCCAGUCUGUGCCACCAAUGGCACCGAUAGCUUCUACUUCGAGAACCACUGCCGUUUGGAGGCGGCCAACAUGAAGAUGCUCUUCCAGCACGGCACAGAACUGGAGCCCACGGAGAUGGAGCGAUGCCUGCCCACCUGCCAGACGAUGAAGUGCACCCAGGUAGAGCGUCCAGUUUGCGCGCUGGCCGAGAUUGGAGGAGCUAUUCCACAAACAUUCGCCAACGAGUGCGAAAUGCGAAGACACGAGUGCCACACGAAACAAGUCCUGAGAAUCCUGCACACGGGUCCUUGUCAGACUCCAGCCAAAAGUGGGCGCAAAAAGAAGCUGCGUCGCAACAAGAAAAAGCGACCAACAUCCAACGCCUCCAUUUCAAAGUUCGCCACCGUUCCUAAGAAAGUAUACGUAAUGCUGGCCACUCCUGCACCUAGGAGCAGCACCACCACGCCCAGGACCUUCUUUAGCACAACCACUACCAGAAUCACGACGACGGCUAGGAUGAGGCCCACCAAACAGACCAGCACAAGUCCCUCGCCCAUGCAAUUCCAGCAGCUGAUGAACUUGGCCAAUCCCAUGGUCUCCGUUUCCCAGGCUGUAGAUGCCUACAAUGUAUACAAUAUACCCGAUGUGGGUCACGAUUACGGCGAGAUAACCGACUCCUCGCUCUCGAUGUUUUUGCCAGAAGUUGGUCGUGUCACAGAGCCUUAUUCCAUGCCCAUAAGAGCCACGACCACAACCACCAGCACCACCACCACAUCCACCACAACGCCAAAGCCAGUUUUAGCCACAUCCAGAAUCAUCACUCCUUCGAGCACCAGCACUAUGCCAUCCUUCCUGUCUGUUCGGAUGCCCAGCACUACUGAGAUUGUCGAAGAAUCCACAACAGAGAAUCCGGAAGCGAGUACGCAAGCAUACAGCACCACUCAAGAAUCCACUGACACUUCAAAAACCAAAGUAUUUUAAUAACUAUGUAAAAAUUAACCUAAUAUUUAUUAAAAUUAUUUAUACAGCUUUUGAGAUAUACCCUAAAUUAUAAAGAAAUAUUAGAAAGGUUGACAAUUCUUAGACAAUACUGCUUAAUUUAUAACAUAUUAAUUAUACUCUACGAGUAACGGAUAUAACAACUUUUUGUCACGCCCACAAACAGCCCAUUUGUUCUCAUUAUAAUUUCUAAUAUCUAUGGAUACUAUAUGCCAUAAAAAUUGUGAAAUUUCGAGUUCUUACUUCCACUAGCUGAGUAACGAGUAUCUGAUAGUCGAAGAACUCGACUACAGCAUACUACUUUGUUUCACAUGAUAACUUUUUUAAAUCAGUAUGCCUGUUAAAUUCCUUUCAAGUCAAAGUUUGCUCUUUCUGCUUUGACUGACAAAAUAACUCAGAUAAUUUCAGUUGCCUUACUGAUCAACAUACAGACAGAACAAAAUACAAUAAACAGUGGAAAAACAUGGGUUAUAUGCUGUUCGUUCUAUAUGUAAUGUAUGGAUUACUUUUCCCUAUAUAUAUAAGAAUAUUUGGUAGGAUAUACUUUCUAUUGGCGGAUCUUUCCGGACGGAACGGACAGGCUUGUGAAAAGUGCUUAGCGGAAAAAUCGAUUGAAGAGAGAUCCGAUUUUCUACGAGCGGGCCUAACGGAAUGAAAUGGCGAUGUUUGGUUGGAUAAUAAUGGUUGGAAUGCCCAAUAGCGCUUUGCAAGAGGUAGAUAAUAUACUGAACAUUAUAACAACAGCUACGAACUUGGACGGUGAUUUUGUCAAGAUGAUUAAGAACGAAGCGUUGGCAAAUUUGCCACUGGAAACAUGAAUGAAAAUGAAGAAGAUCCCUGAUAUUCAGCCAUUUUGACUUCCGUUUACCGCCUAAGAAAACUUUUCAUCCAAUGCGUUAAAUCCAUGAAAACUCAGUAUAAUUUCGAAUGCAACCAUUUAUUGUCAUAGAACUUUCUUAAAUUUACAAUUUUUAAAUCAAAAGCAACAAUGGUCUAUAAACACAACAUAUGUACAAUUACACUAGAACGCAGUAUAUAACGUGUUUAACAGCCCAAAAAUAUAAAAUAAAUGUUACUCCGAUCUGA